CCGCCUGGCUUUGGACUCUUCCUCUCCUCCUCCACCUCCUCCUCCGCGCCUCCUCUUCCACCACAACCUCCUCCUCUUCUUCCUCUUGGUGUCUUCUCUCCGCGCCUGGCCGCCAGAGGCAGAUCCAGGCUGCAGCGGCGGAGUCGGCGGGCGCUGGAGCUCGGCUCCCAGGGCUGAAGCCUCCGCCACCACCGGCUGCGCCUAGAGCCAGUCGACUGCCGGACGCAGAGCGAGUAGAGCAAGACCCGGGGCAGCGCGGAGGUGCAGGACUCACUGGGGCCGGCGGGGCGGGCGGGCGAGCUGGCCAUGCUCCUGGACGCGGGGCCGCAGUUCCCGGCCAUCGGGGUGGGCAGCUUUGCGCGCCACCAUCACCAUUCAGCUGCUGCGGCGGCUGCGGCCGCCGCCGAGAUGCAAGAUCGAGAACUGAGCCUAGCAGCGGCGCAAAACGGCUUCGUAGACUCGGCGGCCGCACACAUGGGCGCUUUCAAGCUCAACCCGGGCGCGCACGAACUGUCCCCGGGCCAGAGUUCGGCAUUCACGUCGCAGGGCCCUGGCGCCUACCCUGGUUCUGCUGCCGCGGCUGCAGCAGCGGCUGCGCUCGGGCCCCAUGCAGCACACGUAGGCUCCUACUCUGGGCCGCCCUUCAACACCACCCGGGACUUCUUGUUCCGUAGUCGCGGCUUUGGGGACUCUGCGCCAGGCGGCGGGCAGCAUGGGCUGUUCGGGCCGGGAGCGGGAGGCCUGCACCACGCGCACUCGGACGCGCAGGGCCACCUCCUCUUCCCUGGCCUCCCGGAGCAGCAUGGGCCGCACGGCUCGCAGAAUGUUCUCAACGGGCAGAUGCGCCUCGGGCUGCCGGGCGAGGUAUUCGGACGUUCGGAACAGUACCGUCAGGUAGCCAGCCCGCGGACCGAUCCCUACUCUGCGGCGCAGCUCCACAACCAGUAUGGCCCUAUGAAUAUGAACAUGGGUAUGAACAUGGCAGCGGCCGCGGCCCACCACCACCACCAUCACCACCAUCCGGGUGCCUUUUUCCGAUACAUGCGACAGCAGUGUAUCAAACAGGAGCUCAUCUGCAAGUGGAUCGAUCCCGAGCAACUGAGUAACCCCAAGAAGAGCUGCAACAAAACUUUCAGCACUAUGCACGAGCUGGUGACCCACGUCUCGGUGGAACACGUCGGCGGCCCUGAGCAAAGCAACCACGUCUGCUUCUGGGAGGAGUGCCCACGCGAGGGCAAGCCCUUCAAGGCCAAAUACAAACUGGUCAACCACAUCCGCGUGCAUACAGGCGAGAAACCUUUUCCCUGCCCUUUCCCGGGUUGCGGCAAGGUGUUCGCGCGCUCGGAAAACCUCAAGAUCCACAAAAGGACCCACACAGGGGAAAAGCCAUUCCAGUGUGAGUUUGAGGGCUGCGACCGGCGCUUCGCCAACAGCAGCGACAGGAAGAAACACAUGCACGUCCACACCUCCGAUAAGCCCUAUCUCUGCAAGAUGUGUGAUAAGUCCUACACGCACCCCAGCUCACUACGGAAGCACAUGAAGGUCCAUGAGUCCUCUCCGCAGGGCUCUGAGUCCUCCCCGGCCGCCAGCUCGGGCUAUGAGUCUUCCACACCUCCUGGGUUGGUGUCCCCCAGCGCCGAUCCCCAGAGCAGUUCCAAUCUGUCCCCGGCAGCGGCAGCGGCUGCAGCGGCAGCGGCCGCCGUAUCUGCGGUGCACCGGAGCGGAGGCUCAGGAAGUGGUGGCAACUCCGGCGGUAGUGGCAGCAGCGGUGGGGGUGGCGGCAGCGGGGCUGGUGGCGGGGGCGGUGGCAGCUCCAGUGGGGGCAGCGGGACAGCCGGAGGCCAUAGCGGCCUUUCCUCCAACUUCAAUGAAUGGUACGUGUGAAGGGCCUUGGGCCUCUCUUCUUCUCCCCAACCCCGACCCUGGGCCCUGGACCCUGACAUAUUCAGUCCUUUCAGGAGUUAGCGCCAAGGGGUACUUGUGAUCAAUCAUCGUGUUGUUAUAAUUAUGAAUCUGAUUUUUAUGAUAACGAAAAUUAUUUUACCAGCAGAAGGAUUUUUAAGGGUAUGUUUUGGUUUUUUAAAAAUCUAGGCAUGAAAAGUAAAAUGUCACUUCCGAAAUCUUUGAAGACUAAAACUAUAAUUAAAAAAUUUUAAUUUAAAAUAUAUGUAUUGAACCAAACCGCCUGUUCCUCUCCAUGCCUACUUUCCUUCCACACCCUGUUCCCAGUUUCUGACAAGCUGUACAUAGCAAACUCCUCCUCCUUUCUCUGAGCUGGUUUUAAUGGAUUCUUGGUGUAUAGAAGUUUGUCUGUUUGUAAAGCUCCAAUUGCGUUCCUUCCUGCCUUCCCUCUCCUUCCCCAAGUGAUGGACUUUUUCUUUGCUCUUUCGUUUUCCCCGGGUUUUUUUUGUUUUGUUUUGUUUUGUUUUUUAAAGUAAUGUGAAAGAAAAUGGCUUAUUUUGUAUUGUGGUAUAGAAUAUUGUGUUCCUUUUUAUGAGGCAACUUGAUUGUACACUUCAUGCAACUACAGACUGGAAAAAAAAAGAACCGUGCCAAAGUCUCCCUUCUGUUCGUCCAGCACACCAAUCCAUAGCACACACAUCCUACCACCACCAAUGCUUGUGAAUGUAUUUUUCUGUUAGCUGGGUUUACAUGUGAUGUUUAGUGCUUUUGCAAGUUCAAUUUGUUAGUUCCUGUAUGAAAGAUUGUGGGGGGUGGGGGGAAAUAAACGUUGUGCGGUUAGCUUUUUCCGUAAUAACACCCUUCCUUCUGUAAAUACCCGUUACCAUAUUUAUCCAUUUGUAAUUAAAUUAUGGUAUUAACUUGCUACAGAGGAAACAAUAUUUAUAAAGAAUGUUUCUUAACUAUAAAUAUGUACACUUGUGGGCAUAAACUGUUUCAGAUUUUUUAUUUGAAGGUUUUAAGUGGUUUGAUCAUUUCUUGUGAUGUUUUGAGAGUAAUGCAUACAGAAAUAUAAUAAAAUGUGUUGAAACUGCA